AUGUCUUCCAACUCUAUACCAGGAACUAACUCGGUGCUAGGCCUCUGUAGCAUCACACAAAACAAUGCAGUCAGUAGUAGCGAACUUUUUGAAACUUGCUUUUACAAACGAACCAAAUAUUACCAUCCCGCUCACGACCCCAGAGCCGAAGAGUUCUCCCCGCCAGUCCACAAGCUGUUUGCCAGGUGCUACAAAACUCAAACUCCAAACCUGGGUAUUCUAGCAUGCCUACCUCAAGACCUCCUCGACGUUAUCGUGUUACAGCUAGACAUCGAUUCGUACCGACGGUUUAGACAAGUUAGUCGGAGGGCGCGCUACGUCUCAACUGCUAUCAACAUCUACCAGCGUGUUCUGCGCCACGCCCCAGAUGCACUUAACGCUUUGAGACGAACAGAUCUUUGCGGAUUUGUCUCGUAUUCCGAUAUUUACAUCGCACUGACGACAACGAAGUGUGCUUUCUGUGGACAGUUCGGCGAUUUCUUAUUCCUCCCGACUGCUAAACGCUGCUGCUUCCAGUGUCUUCGCACAUCACCAGAGACAGCUCUCGUCAACGAAGCACGUAUCAGCAGGAGGGAACAAUGGAAGGGAUUAUACGCGGAGCAAGGUGUUGCCCUCACCAACGCCUUGAAGUCGAAGGGUAUACGUACUUUCAAGACGCACAACUGGGAUGACCCUAAGAAAAUGUCCAAGACCCGUGGUGUGUUAGCAAAGGACUUACUAGCAGCCUAUAUCGAAGUCGACAGCACCCUGGAAGAACCUGGGCAAACCCUCUUGAAGCCUGGCUGGUUGCACUACCGACUCGCAGCAAGCAUAAUCUUCCCCAGCCUCAAUCUUCGCACAGGAAAGCUCCAGACGGGUGUGAGUUGUAUAGGCUGCCACCUGAAUAUCUGGAAGCAAAGCGAUGCCUCAUUGAUUUCCUUGUCGAGCACGAAUAUCUUGUUCAAUCCGUAUUUUCACGCUCGCGAUCGAUCAUACUCUGAGGAUGAAGCUGCUUUGCACUUUUCUCAGUGUCCGGAGGCGCAGAGGCUUUGGCAGAGGGGAGAAAAUAGGGAACAGUCCAAUCCUCACCUAAUCUUUACCUGUGGUCUUAAGCUUGUCAUCAUGUCGUCCUCCAAAGAAGCAGAGCAUCUCGCCAACUCCGCCCAACCAUCAGAUCCCUCACCAGCCUACCAAGAAGAAGCAGGCCCCUCAUCUGCUCACGAACCAUCAUCCGAUAAGAUCCCAACCGCCGAAAACCCCUUCAACUUCCCCUCCGCAUCUCCUCUACCCUCUUACUCCGAAGCUUCAUCCGCGCAAGAACCCCCAAUCGCCAUCCCUCAAGAGAACCCCACCCAAACAUCUCCCUUCCUAAAAGCUUACGCGCCCGCACUUCUCGGUCACGGCAUCACAAAAGAAGCAUGGGGUUCCUUUCUCGAUACUAUUUCUGCCUUCAUGACGGCCAAGGUUGGAGAGCGCGCUGUUAAUCACGCUGGAGAUGUCGCAAAGAGCGUUGGCCAACAACCUGUGAAUUACGUUAAAAAUGUUCAGAACCAUGCUAAAAGCGUGGGCAAGAACAUCGCUGCAAACACCAAGCGCGGAAAUAUCCUCGGUGCAGCAGCUGGUGUCGUCGGAGGCGCUAUAUCAAUCCCUCUAGGCGCUGUUUUCGGUGCUGUAGGAACAGUUGUUAGUCUUCCGGGACGAACAAUCGCAGCUGCUACGCGAAAGCCAAAAACACCCGCUGAACGCGCGGUCGCAUAUGUUGUUGUCGCGAAUCACGAUUGGUUGAACAAGCGAGGUCUGCACGCGAGUUUGGUCAACACUGAACAGUUGUCAGAAGUCGUUGGCGUUUCUGUAAAAGCGCUAUUGGAAGCUUCAGCAGAAGGCGACAAGAGCGCUGGACCUUUGGGGCCUUUGAGUGCGCUGAGUGAUCAUAUUGCUCAUCUUGAGGUCAAUGGGCCUGGGGUUGUUGAUAUUGGGGCUGAGACUUGGUGGUUGGUUUUGGUGAGGAUAGAAGCUACUGCUUAG